AUGGUCAAAAGCAAGACCAUCAUCACUGCCAACCAGCAUGCCCUCAUCCGGUUGCCAUCUGAGGGAUUGAAGAUCGUCGAGCUCAGGUCUGGAGGAACCAUUAGCUUGGGUAAAUUCGGCUCUUUCGAUGUAGAUGCAAUCUUAGGGUAUGCUUUUGGACAAAGUUUUGAAAUUUUAGACAGAAGCAACGUCAAGCCAGUGAAAAGUUUGGCUCCUGGAUUAGAAGAUGGGGAGGGUGCUGAAGAAGUGGCAGAGGCAGAACCAGAGACAGAGGGAGAGCUUUCCAAGGCAGAUCUCACUUCAUUCUUCUCUACCAAUGCCGAAAACAAUCAACAAAUCAUUGAUAUAGGCUCCAAGGUACAGAGUCUCACCAACCAGGAGAUUGACGAACUCAAAAAGUCGGGAGCAUCGUCCAAUAUUGGCCAACAGAUCAUUGAGAAGAUCAUUGCAGGACAUGGAGGAUUUGAUAAAAAGACGAUCUUUUCACAACAGAAGUACCUCAGAAGGAAGCAACAAAAGUUUUUGAGAAGAUUCACCGUUGAAUACAUUGGCUCGUCACAAUUGCUUCAAUACUACAUCGAAAAAGACCUUCCAAGAGUGCUCGACUUGAGUGAAGAAACAUUGGGUUUAAUAUUGAACUAUGGUAACGUUAGACCGGGUGGUAAAUACUUGUUGGUGGAUGAGACUGGAGGAGUCAUACUAUAUGCCAUGAUGGAGAGAAUGAAUGGUGAGGGUACCAUCGUUUUGGCACACGAAAACGAGCAUCCUAACCACAUCGCAUUAAGAUAUUCUGAUUAUCCCGAAGAGUUAAUAAAUCAAAUGGUCAAGCCCAUUAACUGGUUACAAUUUUUGGAGCCUGAAAACGAAAAGAUCGACUUGGAAAUUUUGAGUCAAGAAGAAAUCGAUGCAUUGAAGCCAACCAAGCAAGUUCAGUACGAAAAGAGAUUAAAGAGAAGUCAGGACAUUAACUCGGUAAUUGACAUGGUUCAAGCAGGCAAUUUUGAUGGCUUCAUUAGUGUCAGCACACUUCAUUUACCUUCUCUUUUACCAGAAGUUCUUCCAGCUAUUGGGGGUUCAAGACCAAUUGUAUUAUACAGUCAAUUCAAAGAACUUUUAUUGGAAACUCAACACUCCUUGUCGAACGAUAAGAGAGUAUUAGCACCAUCCAUUUUUGAGACCAGGGUUAGACCUUAUCAAACCAUCAUUGGAAGAUUGCACCCUAUGAUGACCAUGAGAGGUUUUGGUGGUUACGUGUUGUGGGGUACUAGAGUUCUUCCCCAAGAAAAUAUCACCGCUGUGGGAAGGGGUGUGAGCAAGAAGAAGAAGGAGGAAUCCGUUGGGGUGGAAAGCGAGACUGAGAAGCCAAAGGAAGAAGGCAAGCAAGAAGUUGAAAACUAA